AUAAAGCGCUUUAGCCUAUGAACACUUUGUUUAUUUCUGUUCCACUGGCUCAUCGAAAUCAUAUUAAUUACUUAAUUAAUCAUCCACAAAGUUGAAGAUCAUUCAAGAAUUGUGAUUCUUGAUGGACCCUUCUAUUAUGAAGCUCCUCGAAGAAGACGAGGAUGAAACGAUGCAUUCUGGGGCUGAUGUAGAAGCUUUCACAGCUGCCCUUAAUCGAGAUAUUGAAGGGGACAGCUCUGGUUCUCAAACUGCAGUUUUAUCUCAAGUUAACAACCAUAAUUCGGGCCAGUUUCCACAGUGGCAAACUUCUAGCCAUGAUGAAACUGUCACUUGCCAAAGUCAGCAAGAUGUAAAUGUUUCCCAGCAGCAUGAGCUACAUUCAUCUGUAAAAGUAAACCAGCAUAGUUCUGGUUCAGAAAAUCAAGUGCAGCAGACCGUACUAAACCAGCAUGGUUCUGGUUCAGAAAACCAGCUACAACAGACCGACUCAGUAAAGGAGUUGAAGUCCAUUCCCUUGCAACAGAAACAGUCUCCAGAAGAUUUGCCACAUCAGCAAGAGCGUUCUGAACAAAAAACUUUGCAUGUAUCACAACCAAUAAAUAUCCAGAACCUAGAGAAUAGUACUGCUGUUGGUCAAGAACAAAAUAGAUCACAAGAUCCAAACAGCUUAUCUCAGUACCUCCGGUCACAAAAGAUGAAUACUCAACAAGCUGGAGCAACAACGCAGGCGAAUAAUGCUGUGAAAAAUGGAAAACAAGUACCAUUUGCGAUGUUGUUUCCAGUUAUAGAACCAUUACUUGAUAAAGACAAAGCCAUGCAACUCAGAACUCUCUAUAAUAAACUAAAACAAAAUGAAAUUUCCAAAGAUGCAUUUGUCAAGCACAUGAGAGCUCUUGUCGGAGAUCACAUGCUCAAGCUUGCAGUAGUAAGGUUGCAGGAACAGGGUCCUCGCAGCUCUCAAGUUCCACCCAACCAAGUUGCAUCGCACUCUCAUAUUCCAGCUCAACAGCUGGGUCCCUCUUCUGCGGCACAAACGUUCAGUGAUUCAAGUAAUACAGUAGUGGAUAAUAAUGCACAUAUUUUACGUGAUAUAAAGCAAGAAAAAGAACGUCCCUUUCCGAUACAGGGACUUAACAAUCAGCAACAACAUAUACACUUUCCUCCAUCUUUUCCCCCUUAUGGAACUACAGGCAGUAAUUAUCAUCAAUAUGCCGCAGGAAAUGUAAAUAGCUCAGUGCAAUCUCUUAAACAACCCCCUCAAAACAUGCAGAUGAGACAAGUUACAGUUCGUCCAGGAGUUGGCACAGUUCAUUCAAUGGGUUUGCCUAAGCAGAAUUCUUUUACUGAACCCAUGAGAAUGCAGGGUGGUGGACAUUAUGUGAAACAAGAGCCAAUCGAUCAGGGAAACGAGCAACAGAAAACUCAGUUGUCUUCCUCCCAGGGGGUAUCUUCUGUUUCCUCUGCACAAUUCGAACAAGGAAAUUCUUCUAGCAACUUGGGUGAUAAAUCCAAUGAAAUGCAGCAAUCUAGGAUGGGGUUCUCUGCACCGACAAGUAUAACAACCCAGCUGGAAACUAGUAGCUCGUUGAGUACUCGGUUAUCGUCUGCUACUCGUCCAGUUGGUCCCGGAAGUACUGCCAAAACACCCAUAAAGAAGCCUAAUAUUGGCCAGAAAAAAGCAUUAGAAUCGCCUGGCCCGGAACCCUUGCAACAGAAUAAAAAGCAAAAGGUUUCUCAUUCCGAUCAAAGCAUCGAGCAACUCAAUGAUGUUACUGCUGUCAGUGGAGUAAAUUUGCGGGAAGAGGAAGAACAAUUAUUUUCUGGGACCAAGGAAGACAGUAGAGUCUCAGAAGCAUCACGUAGGGUUGUGCAAGAAGAAGAAGAAAGGUUAAUUUUGCAGAGAGUUCCACUUCAGAAAAAAAUGGGCGAAAUCAUGAAAAAAUGGGGCCUAAAGAAUAUAGGCAAUGACGUGGAACGAUGCCUGUCACUGAGUGUGGAGGAACGUUUGCGUGCACUGAUAAGUAAUUUGUUUAGGCUGUCGAAACAGCGGGUUGAUAUCGAGAAGCCAAGACAUCGAACCAUUGUCACCUCAGAUGUGCGACAACAAAUCAUCGCAAUGAACAGGAAAGCAAAAGAAGAAUGGAAUAAGAAACAAGGUGACUCAGAAAAAAGUCAGGGUGCAGUUGAUCCAGAAGGUAAUACUGGAGUUGAAGGAGACAAGGAGAAGGAUGACACUCGAGCAAGACCUAUCAAGGCCAACAAAGAGGAUGAUGACAAGAUGCGAACAACAGCAGCAAAUGUUGCUGCAAGAGCUGCUGUAGGAGGAGAUGACAUGUUUUCAAAGUGGCAAUUAAUGGCUGAAGCCCGGCAGAAACAACGUGAAGGAGGGGCUGAUUCUGCUUCAUCUUCUCAUCCAGUUAAAGAGGUGAACCGCAAGCUUGUAACCACCCCUGUAAAAAAUACAAGGGACAAUCAAGAUAGUGGGAGGAGUCAAAGGACAACUGUUGCUACAUCUGCAGGAGUGACAAGAAAAUCUGGAAAGGCUCAAGUCAUGUCUCAACCAGGCAUUCCACGUAAUAUCUCUGUCAAGGAUGUCAUUGCUGUCCUUGAAAGGGAGCCCCAGACAUCUAAGUCUGUGUUAAUAUAUCGUCUCUACAACAAGGUGCACACAGAUGCAAUGGAAUAAAUAGAUGUAUCAUAUAUCACAGUUGCAGCUUGUUAUGGGAUGGAUAGGUUCAGAUUAAUGUAACAACUUGAUCUUCUUAGUGAUCCAACACUCACAUCCAAUGUAAGAGUCCUGGUAGUAUUAAUAUGUAAUGGUAGUUGUUGGUUGCUUUAUUAUGGAUCACAUUGUCUUAAGACUUGAGAGUUUACUGGUGGUUCGUUAUGUUUGGGACAUCUUUCAUCGCA